CUGGAAAUUCAUGCACUCAGAAGCCAUGUCAAACACUGAUCUUGCCCUACUUGAUUCCAUACACCAGCAGCUUUUGAAUGAUUCUCUAUUUUCUGAUAUUUUUCCUAGCUUUUCUCAUGAUGCAACUAUUGACGAUUUUAAGUCAAACACUAGCUUCAACAACUCUCCUUUGGCAGAAAGUUGCGGUCAAACACUGCCAAACAUGGAUAAUUCGCACCGAACCACCACCGACGGCUUGGUCAACAUUGACGAGCAGGAAGAGGACAGAAACGGGUCAGCGGCGGCGCGUGGGAAGAACGCAUCGGCUGAGUGGACAAGGUAUAGAGGCGUAAGGCGGAGGCCGUGGGGGAAGUUCGCGGCGGAGAUAAGGGACCCCAGGAAGAAAGGGUCAAGAAUUUGGCUCGGAACAUACGGGACACCUGAGGAAGCUGCCAUGGCUUACGACCGGGCAGCUUUUGAAAUAAGGGGUGCCCGGGCUGUGCUCAAUUUUCCACACUUGAUUGGCUCUAACAUGUGUUCGACUCCUCAAACGGUGAGCCCGAAGAGACGUUCACCAGAGCCUUCCACUUCUUCCUCUCCGAAGAAGAGGAAACUUGCCAAUGCCUCCAUCUAGA